GGGUACCGUUAAUGCUUUCAGAGCUCCGGUUUGAAGCUUUUCCGGUCAGUCAACGGCCCUCAGUCCACUUUUAAAAGCCCAGAAGCACUCUUUCUCCCUCCCUCUCACUUUCUCCACUCCCCCACUCUCUCAUCCGCCGCUUGCUAUUCCCUCGCUCCGCCGCGCGCAGCCCUUCAAUGGAGACCACGGCGGCCUCGGACGCGACCGACGGACCCGUCAUGAGCGUGAUAAACAAGCGCCUGCGCGCCCACCGGAAGAAGCUCAACCGCAUCCUCCAAAUGGAGGAGGCCCUUUCCCAGGGCAAGUCCCUCAACAAGGAGCAGGAGGAGGUCCUCCGGUCCAAGCCCUACUUCGUCGCCGCCAUCGACGAGCUCGAGAAGCUCCGCCCCCAGCUUUCCUCCGCCGUGCAGGAAGAGCUCCAGCUGUUCUCCACCAAGGCCGUCAGUACCGCCGAGAAGCCAAAACCUAGCGAAGGCGGUGACGAUGCCGUCGGGGUCGGGGAUCUUCUGAACCUACUAUACUUCGGAUCCAUGUUCGCGGUCAGCUCGCAGAGCGAUUACACCUCGACGAUGCUCAGGAGGACGCACGAGCGCGGGUGCUGCCUGACCUACGAUUACGUGACGGACGAUGACUCUGCUGAUCUGCUGGGGGAGAAAGAUUUGGACUUGAUUUCGAUGUUGAGCGGUCUGUUGAUCUCGAGGCCGGCAGAUUCGAGCUUUUCUCACCAGAACGCCUUGCAGCAGUGCAUCGAGCACGCAAAGCUGUGGCUUGCUAACUCGGACCAGCCUAUUGACCCAAAUUCUCCUGUAACUUAUGCGGCACUGAGAGAGAGGCUCAAUAGGAUUAUGGCUUCGGAUUAUUUCACGGCAAUGCCAGAGAUGAAGGCCCCCGUUGAGGUGGCGGCUGCAGCUUCCGCAGGGAACUAUGCUCCUGUACAAGUGCCAGUUCAAGGCCUGGAGGAGCCGGUGACAAUACCUCCUCAAAUGGAAGGGUCGGUUGCAGAGCAGCACGGGGACAAGGAUGAAAUGGCCGUUGAGUUUCAAAAGUAUGAAGAAGACGAUUUGCAGCCUAGUCCUACCAAGGACCCUAAGAAGGACGAAGCCGUUUGCGAAAACCCUCCGGAGUCCUCAGAUCAACAAGAAACUGUCUACUCACAGUUCGAAGAAGUGGAACCUAAUCAAAGAGAGAGAGAGUCGAAGGAUCACCAAUAUGCCCCUCGAAGGAACUACACGAGCCGGAGAGGUGGCCGAGGGGGAGGCAGGGGCGGCGGUCGCCGAGGUGGCAGCUACUAUUCUAAUGGUCGUGGCGGUCGAACUGGGGGAAGAGGCGGUGGGCCCUACCAAAAUGGUUCAUACUACGAUCAGUCUGGCGAUCAUUACCCGAGGAACUACUAUAACAACAAUCGGGGACGAGGAGGCAGCGGUAGAGGGGGUGGCUAUUCCUACAAUCACCCCCACCAGGGAGGGGCAGGGCCCCGAGGCAGCCAUGACGGUGCUGAUGUAGGAGUAGCCUCGUGAUAUUAGACAUGCGGUUUGAGUAGGGGAGUCUCAUUGCAGCUGUCUCGGCAGGGUUGGGUUGGCCUUCUCGGGUAUUUUCGGUCGUCCAGCUAAGGACUAUUCAUCACCAAAGAAUAGAUUAUGGCAUUAUGCAAGAACAUUUUGCUUAUAGUGAACUUUGGACGUUUCUUAUUUAUUCCAUGAGUUGCCAUGUCUAA